CAUAUUUUCCUUUAUUCCAGUAGGAAUAGAACAUUCACCAGGUAACACACACAAAAACCUGUGCAUUAAACAUGUACCAGAAGACUACUGCUGUUUUGUUCAUAAUUUUGAUUAUCACUUUCCAAGGAGAAGGAAAAAGCAGUUCUGAGGAUGAAGGUGGAAGCCUUUUUAAUUAUGCACUACUGAUUGGAGGAGCAGCGGCAGGUGUGGUAGCUGCUCCUGUAUUGUUGGGUGCAGUUGGUUUCACAUCAGCAGGUAUUGCAGCAGGAUCUCUUGGAGCCAAGUUAAUGUCUGUAAGUGCUAUAGCCAACGGAGGAGGAGUUGCAGCAGGGGGUGCGGUUGCAGCUCUACAGUCUGCUGGCACUGGACUGGGUUUGGCAGGAAAUGCUCUGGCUGCUGCCUUUGGAAGUGCAACAGCUUCUGCAGUAUUCAAAAAGCACAGAGCUCACCAGGAUGCUUACAUCUUGCCUGAAGAAGUGGCCUGAGUUGCCUCAAAAGCUUGGCAUAUAAUAAUCUUUUAGUUAGCAAUAA